AUGGCCGCGAAGCAGCAGCAGCAGCAGCACCACCACCACUUCCUGAUCGUCACGUACCCGGCGCAGGGGCACGUCACCCCGGCGCGUCACCUCGCGCGCCGCCUGGCCAGCGCGUGCCCCGGCGCGCGCGUCACCAUCUGCGCUCCGCUCUCGGCGUUCCGGAAGAUGUUCCAAAGGCCGGCCGCCGCCGCCGCUGUGACUGUGACGGGGAGGAGGAGUGUGGCGACGGCGAUGAGAAGGUCACGCAAGAACGGCGGGGUCACGCUCGCUGGCCGGUGUGCUCCGCCGCCUCCGCGACGACAGGCGCCCGUCACGUGCGCCGUGUACACGCUGCUCCUGCCGUGGGUGUCGGGCGUCGCCCGGGACCACGGAGUGGCGGCGACGGCCGUGUUCUGGAUCCAGCCGGCCACGGCCCUCGCCGCGUACUACCACUACUUCCGCGGCCACCGGGACGCCGUCGUUGCCGCCGCGGCGUCCGGGGACCCGUACGCCGAGGUGCGGCUCCAGGCCUCCGCCGCUCCGCGUCCGCGACCUGCCGUCGUUCCUCGCCGUCACCUCCGACGACGACCCGUUUGCGUUCGUGCUCCCGGAGUUCCGCGAGCUCGUCGACGCGAUCGAACGCGACGACGACGGCUCCUCGUCCUCGAAGCCGAAACCCCGACGUACGUGCUCGCCAACACCUGCGACGCCAUGGAGCCCGACGCGCUCGCGUCGCUGAGGCUCCCCACGUGGACGUCUUCGCCGUCAGGCCCGUGCUGUCUUUCCUGCACGAAGCGGAUGACGCCGGCAGGCGCGCCCCGUCUCCGUCUCCUCCUCGUGACGUCUUUGAACCACGACAAGAGCGGGUACCUCGGCUGGCUGCCUGCUCCCCGCUUGGCAUGCUCCAUGAGCGCCGCGUCCUCCUGGUCUAGAGCAUCCAGCAGCUCGCGCAGUUGCCGGCGGCUCAGCACGGCCAGGUACGACGCGACAGCGCCGCGGGGGGCGGGCACCGGGCGCGAGGAGCGACACGGCCUGUGUGGCGCCGUCGACGCCCACGGGCUCGUCGUCGUGGUCGUUGUUGCGCGUGGGGCCUUGGUCGGAGGGCGGCGGUGGGCGCUGCGCCAGGUCCACGCGGAGGUCGCGGCCACGGAGGCCCGUCCGUGCAGGUUGCGGCAGGCGCUGAGGGCCGUCUCGUUGCCGAGGUACUGGACGAAGGCGAAACCCUGGGGUCGGCUUCCGCCGCCCUUGAGAGCACCUGCACCUCGCCACUGUAUGACGAAAUUUUCGCAUAUAAUUAUUUAA